AUGGAUCCAAGGCCCCUGAUAUUGAAGUCUCCCUUCCAGGAGGUAUGUUUCCAGUUCACCAUAUGCAUGGCCCAGUUCUUGGCCCAGGGCUCCAUUGCCAUGUCAUUGAGCACAAUGAAUAUUAUCUCGGACUCGUUCAGUGAAUUGCAGGGCAAGCAGAUCCCAAGCUCGCAGACCGUCUGGUUCAUGGGCUCCUUUGCCUUGACGCUUGGCACGUUCAUCUUGAUAUCGGGCCGAUUGGGCGAUCUUUUCGGCUUGCGCAGAAUGCUUUUGUUCGGCUGGUUCUGGGCCGCCCUAUGGUGUGUCGUCACCGGGCUUUCGUACUAUAGCAAAUCCACCAUAUUCUUCAUCACGUGCCGUGCGUUCCAAGGGGUUGGUUUUGCGUUUAUCUUGCCUUGUGCCAUGGGCAUCUUGGGCACGGUGUACCCGCCCGGAAAAAGAAAGAACCUCGCGUUUGCUUUCGUCGGGGCCUCUGCUCCCGUGGGCGCCACCAUUGGCGUUUUAAUGGCAGGCGUGGUUGCCCAGCUUGUAUGGUGGUGCUGGGCGUUCUGGUUGUUGGGGAUCGCCUGUGCUUUGCUAGGCGUGUUGUCCAUGAUUGUCAUUCCCGGCCCGUUCAAGCACCAUGACUACACGCUCCGGCAGGCGUUCGAGAAGUUCGAUCUCUUGGGGUCGGCGGUCGGAAUCUGUGGUCUUAUCUUGUUCAACUUCGUGUGGAACCAGGGGCCGGUUGUCGGCUGGGGCUCUCCGUACAUCAUCGUGCUUCUCAUUGUGAGUGUUGCGCUGAUCGUUGGUUUUUUCUAUCUUGAGCUCAGGGUCGUUCAGCACCCGCUCUUGCCCCGGGAGAUCUUCACGCUUCGAAUUGGGUUGGUGCUUCUGUGCAUGUCGUUGGGCUGGGGCUCGUUUGGCAUAUGGCAGUAUUACUACUGGAGCUUUCUCUUGAACUUGCGAGAGUACACGCCCAUCGCCGCUGCUCUCACGUACCUCCCCCUCCUUAUUUUGGGAGUCGCUGCUGCGCUCUUGGUUGGCUUUUUCAUCAGCAAGCACAGGGCGCCGUAUAUCAUGUUUGCCUCGAUGAUGGGCUUCAUGCUCGGGUCCACGAUUCUCUCGAUCAGCCCCGUGCAGCAGACGUUCUGGAGAUUGACGUUUGCGCAGAUGUUCUUUCUUGCGUGGGGCAUGGACUGUUCGUUCCCGGCGGCCUCGUUGAUCUUGUCCGACUUCUUGCCCUCGGAACACCAGGGCAUGGCAGGCCUGUUGGUCAAUACCGUGGUGAACUACUCCGUGUCUUUGUUUUUGGCAAUGUCCAGUACGGUGGAGGUCCAGGUCAAGGAGAAGACUGGCGACAUGCUACCGAGCUACCGAGGCGCCAUGUACCUUGGCGUAGGCGUCAGUGCUUUGGCGGUGGUUUUUUCGGUAGUGUUUGUGAUAACGGAGGCCCGGAGCCACAAGCGGGAGGCUAAAGUUGAAAAAAGUUGA